GGCCACAUCCCAAAAUCGACGAUAAGGUUUGGGGUCGAGAGCUACGAUGAGAUGGUUGAUGUACUUCAGCAGAAUGAGAAGUUAGAGGAUGCACUUAAGCUGUUCGAUAGAAUGAUGUAGGAGCACGACCCUCCACCUCCACUGCGUCCGCGCGCGCCAGCGCAAAGAACUUUCGAACAGCAGAGACGCCAACCGAGCCCCACCACGGUUCUUGAAGAUAGACUGGUCGGUCUAUUUCUUGGCUUUCUAGACUAGAAAAGGGAAUCCAACUAGCCAAGGUCCAAGUGACCAUCACGUUUCAGUUUCAUUCUCUGGGUAGGGGAGCUGCUGCAGCCGUGUGUAUGGCGUCCUCUUCCUCCUCCCUGACGCGGUUAUUUAUCCCGCCUCACCGAGCGCACCAUGAGGCAGCCAUGGCCGCUUCGGCCGGCGCCUCUCUGCGUAACGGCGGCGGGAUGCAGAUGCUGGAUCUUGUGAUGCAGAGGUGGGCCGAGAUGGUGUUGUGCUGCGGCGCGGAUUGGAAUUGCGUGUCGCAGCUGUGGAACAGGGUGGUGCUGCGCAAGUGGCUAAACAUCGGCGCGGGGUCCGGGGAUUCCGACUUCAGCGCCGACGAGCACGAUACCUCGGAGGGCGAGACCGACCGCGAAGGCAUGUCUGGUUUGAAUCAUGCCCUAUGUAACGAAGAAAGGAUAUUAGGUGGAUUGGGUGCAAGCACGACUGGUGACGAAAUGAGCGAUUUACCUUACUGCCUUAGAAUGCACAGAUCAGAGAUCAGUCGUGCUCAGUAUGUUGAUGUUAGAGAACUCAGGAUUUAUGUAGGGACAUGGAAUGUUGGAGGCAGAUUUCCACCCAGUGACUUGGACAUUGAAGAAUGGCUGGCUACGGAGGAGCCAGCUGAAAUUUAUGUUAUCGGCUUUCAAGAGAUUGUUCCACUCAAUGCUGGGAAUAUAUUUGGUGCUGAAGACAAUCGUCCAGUUGCAGUAUGGGAGCACAUCAUCCGUGAAACUUUGAAUAAGAAUUGUUCAGAUAAAUCAGGGUUUAAGUGCCAUAGUGAUCCUCUUUCACCAUCAAGGUUUAAUCCAUCAGAUGUUGUUCUUUCCAUGGAACAUGGAUUGCUUAGUGAGUCUGACAAGGAUAGUGAUGGGGAGCUUCAUCCAUUGAUUGAACGAGACCAUAAUUGUGGACUUCAAGCUAAAACAAAUGAAAAUCUUGAAGCUUUCCCAGAAGAUAAUUUAGCCUGUGAUGCCAUCAUUGAUAAUAGAACAAAAAGGAAAAGGCCAGAGUUUGUACGUAUAAUAAGCAAGCAAAUGGUCGGGAUAUUUCUUUCGAUUUGGGUUCGGAGAAGCCUGCGGAAGCACAUUAAGAAUUUGAGAGUAUCAACAGUUGGUGUAGGCGCAAUAGGUUAUAUUGGUAACAAGGGAUCAAUAUCGGUCAGCAUGUCUGUACAUGAGACUCCUUUCUGCUUUGUUUGUUGCCACCUGACUGCUGGUGAAAAAGAUGGAGAUGACCUAAAAAGGAAUUCAAAUGCCGAAGAAAUACUUCGAAGAACAGUGUUUAACCCAGAGAAUGUUGUAGGCAUGCCUAUGAGAAUAUAUGACCAUAAGCGGAUUAUAUGGUUAGGAGACCUCAACUAUCGGAUCAACUUAUCCUAUGAAAGGGCACAUGAACUAAUCUCCAAACAGGACUGGGAUGGAUUGUUCGAGAGGGAUCAGCUGAAAAGAGAAUUGAGGAAAGGAUGCACAUUUGACGGUUGGUUCGAAGGAGUUAUCAGCUUUGCCCCAACAUACAAAUAUGAGUUUGACUCAGAAAACUAUGUAAGCGAUGAGAGUGAAUCUGGGAGAAGAACUCCUGCAUGGUGUGACCGCAUUCUCUCAUACGGGAAGGGAAUCAGGCUACUUUCGUACAAGAGGGGGGAGCUUACACUUUCUGAUCACCGCCCUGUGGCUGCAGUCUACGUGGCAGAGAUUGAAGUUUUCCACUGAUGCAGAGAGCAGGACCAUCUAUCAUCAGAGAAGGAUGGAUGGACUGGUUGAACAAAGAGGUCGCCGAACCACGAGAUAUGCAAUUUCCUAGCACAAGUUCCAAGUGAGGUGGUGCCAUGCCAAUGACAGUUUUUAGAAUUCAGUCAGACAUUGUUGAUUUGCAUUAUUGUAUCAUCCUUCACAAGCAGCAUAUUUGCCAUGGAUUAUUUUUUCUGCACGCUUGUUUGAUGAAGAGCAUCUCAAGCACUAUGCUCCAUGACAUAGUAUCCUUUGAAAAAAAUGUCAAAUUUGUUCAUAUAAUGUUCUUUUCUUGUUUUGAACUAGGAAGGGAUGGUUCAACA